GCGCGUCGGGAGCGCGCGUCGUGGCGCUUCCGGCAGCGGGAGGCGGGCGCCAAGCGGGCCAGAGCGGCGCGGGUGGCGGCCGGGGAGGCGGAUCUGGGACGAUGUCUGGGGAAGUGCCACCCAACAUUAACAUCAAGGAGCCUCGAUGGGACCAGAGCACAUUCAUUGGCCGAGCCAGUCACUUCUUCACGGUUACUGAUCCCAGAAACAUUCUUUUAACGAACGAACAGCUAGAGAAUGCGAGGAAAGUGGUGCAUGAUUACAGACAAGGAAUCGUUCCUGCCGGCCUCACGGAAAAUGAGCUGUGGAGAGCAAAGUAUGCGUAUGAUUCAGCCUUCCAUCCUGACACGGGCGAGAAGAUGACUCUGAUAGGAAGAAUGUCCGCUCAGGUCCCGAUGAACAUGACCAUCACGGGCUGCAUGAUGACCUUCUACCGGACCACCCCAGCUGUGCUCUUCUGGCAGUGGAUAAACCAGUCCUUCAAUGCCGUGGUCAACUACACCAACAGAAGCGGUGACGCUCCCCUCACUGUGAAUGAGCUGGGAACAGCUUAUGUUUCUGCGACCACCGGCGCUGUGGCGACGGCCCUUGGACUCAACGCCUUAACCAAGCGUGUCUCACCACUGAUAGGACGUUUUGUUCCCUUCGCUGCUGUAGCUGCUGCUAACUGCAUUAACAUCCCGCUGAUGAGACAAAGGGAACUCAAGGUUGGUAUUCCUGUCACUGAUGAAAAUGGUACUCGCUUGGGAGAGUCGACCAAUGCAGCAAAGCAAGCCAUCACACAGGUGGUCAUCUCCAGGAUCCUCAUGGCAGCCCCGGGCAUGGCCAUCCCUCCAUUUAUCAUGAACACCUUGGAGAAGAAAGCCUUUUUGAAGAGGUUCCCAUGGAUGAGUGCACCAAUUCAAGUCACACUGGUUGGCUUUUGUUUGGUGUUCGCCACCCCCCUGUGCUGCGCUCUGUUUCCUCAGAAGAGUUCCAUGUCUGUGACAAGCUUGGAGGAUGAGUUGCAAACCAGCAUCCAAAAGAGUCAUCCUGAAAUACGGCGUGUGUACUUUAACAAGGGCCUGUGAAGAAAAGACCAAGCACCGGAGGCCAGCGCCAUCUGUGAGCCUCCCGAAGCCACAGCAGUGAGGAAAUGUGUGUGCCGGGGCCCUCCCAGCUACAAGAAGCCUCUGCAAGAUCUGCGUUAGAGUCAAGCUGCCUGUCAGGAGCGUGACAUUUGAAUCGUGUUGUAAUUUACAAGGAAAUACCCUCCUGGUUGAUUUUAAUGACUCCAUUUUUCCAAAGCCCCCACCUUGAGCUUUCAAAAGCGCUAGUAGGCUUAACCCAGAUGCUCCAGUUACACACUCAGUAAACAUUGGUUAUCAAUCAUUGGAAAGGUUACCUGCUCAACUACCAGAGUCCACUUCUACUUCUCUCCCGCAGAGGUCUCAGCAAUGAAUUGGGAAAACACAAAAGGUCUAAGACUAAAUAUCCGAACUUAAAUACUAAGGAGACUUCGUCUCCAGUUCGGCAAUAGACCAGUCCAAAGUAGAACCUCAAUUUAAAAAAUUGAGGUUCAGAGCAUCAGCACUCCAUACACCUCCCCUGAAGUCAGCCAUAGACCAGGGUAGGAUGCGCCCCCCGCAGUCCUGGAUUCUCUUGGUUAGCUUUUCAAUUUGUUUAGUGUUCUUAAAAUAUCGAUCUUACCUCACAGGUACUUUUUAAUCAUGAAUUUCCAUCAGAUAAUUCACUGAAAUGCACAAACGCCAGGUUUUAGGAGUAUAUUCAGUACCAGUGCAAUAUGACACUGACUGGGUGACUGAAACCAUAGUCCCCGUAUGCAUUUUUUUCCCAUCUUUGUAGAAUUCUUGGGCUUUCAGGAAGAUACACACAUAAGAAAACACAUCAACUAGUCCAGCAUCUGUGAACGUUGUGCUGUGUCCCACCUGUGUGAAGACCAUGAAGCUCCGUGGCGUGUCCACAUCUCUAGUGAUUUUUACAUGUGACAUAUUUAAUCUAGCUGAGGUCGCUUUGGAAGUCCCACUGCUCCACGUCAUAGACGAGCCACUUGUUACACUGAGUACAAUCAUUGUUAAUUCAGAAAUUUGUAAGUGAGAAAACAACAACAACAAAAUUAGGGACUCUCUAGUUUCUGUAGGUUCUUUUUCCCAAUGAUGUUUCCAGAUCGAAUUUCCUCAUAAGAAGAAAAUGGUGUGCCUCGUGUCUGUGCUUCUCUCUCUGAAAGGAUGGGUGGAUCUGAAGCUCUCCGCCUUCUCCUCACACUCCUGGCGUCUUCAGUAGAGCUGACCGCCAAGCCACCUGAAACGCAGUGGCUCCCCGUGACCCUCUGUGACACUCUGGCCUCGGAUGAGCCUCGCUGCCUUCAGUGCUUCUGUUUAAACGGUGUCGUGAGUGCCAGAGUCCACAGAGAUCAAGGCAGAGUCCGCAGGUGCUUAAAGGACACUUUGAGAAGAAGCUGAAGCCCUUGAGGUCUGCCCGCCCACUCAGCUGAUCUCGGAGUCCUUGCCCCAGUGCGUGUGUAGCUCUAAGCACAUGAAGUAGCUGGUUUCCAGAGGGACCAACUCACCAAGUGUCCGCCCAGGUAGCGAGAAAAGCACAGAAGACAUGGAGCUGUGUUCUUUUAAAUUUGUUUUGUGAAGUUUCGGCCUCUUAAUGUUUUUGUAUAGGAAUACUCACUGUGUGGUUUAAUCAUGAUUUAUAUAUAUAUAUAUAUAUUUAAAAAAAGAACAAAUGAGUGAAAAUUGGCAAUCUUUGCUGAUCUUCUAAAAAUACUUUUUUUUUUCCUGAAGAAAAAAAGCCACACCAAGUGCAAUAGGGUUGUGCGGCGACUCAGUGAUAUUUCUCUGACACAAGAUAGAGUUGUGUGCGUGUGACUGGCUAGCAGCUAUCAGUAUUAGCGAGGUCUCUUGCCAAUAUCAGAGUCAGUGUGUCAUUUCAGUUUAACUGGAUGAACUAUCAAAUAAAUAAACACAGAAUGAAAACA